UAAGAACCAUGCAUAGACACACAGGUUAUGAGUUUUUCUGUAAUUCUUUGCAUCAUAGAUGUUGUAAGAUAUCUUAAUUGCUUUCUUUAGUUAUAAUACAUUUACGUGAAGCAGCAUUUAUGGUGUUAUGUUGUGCACCUUGACAAAUUUGCUACAGAUGAAUUCACCUCACUUCAAAGCAAAUGUGAGGACUUGUUCUUCUGACACAGCAUCAGUGUCUCCGCCUUACAACGUUAAUAAUGCUUCAUCACCUAGUGCAUCGCAAUACAAAACAUCUCUUUCGCCAGUCUUUAACAACAGACCACCAACAUCUACUCCAACUAAUUCUUCAAUGACUCAUGGGAGCAGAGUGGAGAAUUCAACACUUUUGGCACCAUUAAAAGCACCAAAAUCAUACGGUACUUAUUCUAAACAACAGCAAGAGGAAGUGAUUAAUUUUAUCAAGGAUGGUAAUAGUUUACGAACUGCUGAAAAAGUUUUUGGAAUACCUAAAUCGACUAUGCAUUGCUGGCUAAAGAAAAUGCAUAAUAAUGAGGGAGUACCUUCGAUGACAGAAGUUGGCUCUGAUCAUUUUCGAAAUGAUGACCAUGUACAUGGAACUUCAGACAAACCAGUAUCGAAGGUUCACCCGUUUACUUCUGAUGUAAAAGAGAAGCCUCGUACGCAGAUUGUCAUAGAAGAAGCUGAACUUAUUCGAUUUCUUCAAACUAACGAAGGAGCUGAAUUGAUUGCAAAGUCGUACAACAUCGGUGUUGAGGAAUUUCAUGGAUUUAUUCAGCAAAUGAAGUAUCAAAAUAAGAGUUUAAGAGGCUUGUUAGUCACUCCAGGUCAUAAAAAGCAAGUUGAAGUUGUGGGUUUUGUACAUGAAGCUAAUAAUGAUAUUGCUUCACAUGACUUGAGAGCACACUCCUGUUCAAUAUCACCACGUUCUUCAAUAUCAUCACGUUCUUCACUAUCGCCACAUGCUUCCGAAGACAUUCAUCGUAAACGCAGUAUUUCUGAUAGUGAUGACAGUAAAAUCAAGGUUGAAAAUGACGUUUGUCAUCACAAAAGGAAAAAAAUAAACGAUCAUUCAUCUCAUGACUUUAGUAGUAGUAGUCGAGCUACGACCAAUGUUAACCUGACGGAAUUAGUAUCACUUCUUACAAAUAACCCAAAGACAGCUGACACUUCAAACAAUUUAGGUCUAACGCCGGAACAGUUGCUAACAGCAACCAAGUUAAUUAAUUCAACUCAGCCAGGUAUGGUUAACACCUACCUAGCCACCAAACCUCUGAUUGUAACGGGUAAUUUAACGAACCCAACAGAUGUGCUAGUUGAUAUGAAGGAGUCACCUAAGGCUGACCAAGCUGAAUUGUCACCUACGUAUCCGAAGAUUGUCACUCCUGUGUCCGUUAAAACAGAGCAUGUUGACAUGGAUUACAUGAUGACGUCACCACACACUAUUCAAUCAGCGCACGAGCAAAAAUUUCCAGGGAGAAAUCGCAGUCGGUUACAGAAUCCUCUUAAGUCAACAAAAUCCGGUUCGCUUAACUUAAAUGAAAUCAACCGCACGCAGAGCGAAAAAGAAUUAAUGGCGUUAGUUGAUGAAGAAGAUGUCAGUGCAGAUGAAUUGUGCGCAGAGUUUCGUGACAGUCUGGAUGUGAAUAGCUGGGUGGAUAACGAAGCUUGGUACAAUCAUCAAUACUUGCAACAUUUUCAAGUGAGUCCGGCCACGAGCUCUACAUCUAAACAGUCCGACUUCGUCCAGGCUUCAGUCAGUAGCGAGGAAAGAGAAGACGACUUUGAAAGUACGGCAGACGGAAGUGGAAUAACAUUUGCUUCCGUGCCAGAUAAGGAGAGGGUUUUGUCGUACUUGUCGGACGGCAAUACUGUUGAAGACGCCGAACAGGCUUUUAAUGUACCGCAGUCUACUAUACAAUUUUGGUUGUCAAAUCUUACCGAUGACGUGGAUUCAAAACCAUCCGAUAUACGUCAUCGAAGGUUCGAGUCAGCUUUUUAUAAACCAAGUAGAACUUUGUACACAGACAAAUCUUAUAAGUCAGCAUUUUCAAAGUCAGCUCAUCAAUGAUAAUUUGUUAAACACUUAAUUGUGGAAAUUAAAAGAUUUUUUUAUUGAAUUUUUAUUUUAGGCGGCGUUUACAUGAGAUCGAAUUCAACUCAUACUUGCAUGAGAUUUCAUACCAAUAUGAAGGUUGUCGUCUUGCACUUAAGCCUAACUUUUUGCGCAUGCGCAACAGCUUUUUGUACACGCGGAAUAACUUUGUACACAUGCGCAGGAGCCCUUCAUACAUGCGUAAUAAAUUUACACGCAUCCUUAAUUAUUUCAAUUCGGGUAAAUCUUGUUUCCAUAGAAUCUCACACUUGUCUCGCAUCCUUCUACGAGUUUUAUUUUGCCCGAAACUAUGUAAACACGAAAAGAAAAUUUUCCUAUAGACAGGUACGAUUAUAAUACGGGCACUAACUCACGCCGGUAUGAGAUUGUUCAUGUAAGCGCCGCCUUAGUGUUAUUCAAGGCAUAGUUUGUAUAUAUAAAUUUCCAGAAAAAAUCGAAAAACCUUUUAUAAUAUGUAACCCAUCAAGCCUGAAGAAUAUUUUUUAUAUAAUCGAGUCUAACCUGUAUAACGAAGGCAAAAAUAUACGAAGGUUGUUCCCACAGUUUACGACUGACAGGCACUAAUAGAAAGCGAUUUUUGGGUUUCAUAGAAUAGAUGUUCGCGCCAAUACAAUUUUGCGAGGACAGCUUUUUGUCAGCUUUUUGCGUAGACCCUAAAUUUCCGGGUGUGUCCUAGCAGUUGGUUCUGUAUAUAUUGUAUGUAAUUAGUAUAGAGAUGUUUAGAAUGUUUAUACAUAAUUUUUUAGCUAUAAGCUUUGUCGAUUCGUCCUUUUGGUGAUUCUCAACUUCAUCCACAAUCAUUUUCAAAAUGUUUGAGAAUAUCUGAGAAUCCAUAACAAACGUCUAAAAAAGAUUAUUUUAUUAGUGCGAGAAUUCACCUCAAAGUUUUUAGACACCGCUUGUUUUUCAUAAUUUUACACAGUUGGUCAUUUUUUAUCGCAGAUGAAUUUAGCACGAUUUUUCCUGUGCAAGCUGCUUUUCUUUUUCCUUUUCUUUUUUUUUUUUUACAAUGUAAGCACGCCAAUGUCUAGUGAAAUGAACUUCCUUCCUUUGAAUUUUCAUGGAAUGCAUAUGCUUCGCAAAAUUUAUAACAUCGAAGGAAGGCCAACGUUUUUAAAUAUUUUAUUUUUAUUUGAAUUUUAUUAGCGAGUUGUAUAUAUCCACCAUGUACCCUCGUAAAAUGUAUAACAAAAGAUUAGUCGAACCCAAA